AUGUCUGCCAGAGGGGGGAAAAAGAAAACAACCAAGCUGUCUCGCUCGUCAAGGGCUGGAGUCAUCUUUCCCGUUGGUAGAAUGAUGCGUUACUUGAGAAGAGGAACACACAAAUACAGGAUAGGCAUGGGGGCCCCUGUGUACAUGGCAGCUGUCAUAGAAUACUUAGCAGCUGAAAUCUUGGAACUUGCGGGGGAAUGCAGCUCGAGAUAACAAGAAAGGCAGAAUCACUCCAAGACACAUCCUUUUAGCAGUCGCUAAUGAUGAGGAACUCAAUCAGUUACUCAGAGGAGUCACCAUUGCAAGUGGAGGUGUCCUGCCAAGAAUCCACCCGGAGCUUCUGGCUAAAAAGCGUGGCUCCCGUGGCAAGGAGACCAUUCUCUCUCAACCAGUGGAGAAGAAAAAGAAGAAGAGUGGCAAAUCACUGGAUAAAAUUGCAAAGAAACCAAAAUCGGGAAAAAAGCUACUGAAAAAGGAUAAACAAGCAGACGGAAAAGAAGGUGCAUCAAGUUCAAUGUCAGAUGAUGGACCUGGCGAUGGCUUCACCAUCCUCUCAUCAAAGAGCCUGUUGCUGGGACAGAAGCUGUCUUUGACUCAGAGUGAUCUUAGUCAUAUAGGAUCAAUGAAAGUUGAAGGCAUUAUCCAUCCAACUACAGCUGAAAUUGACCUAAAGGAGGAUAUAGGGAAUGCCAUGGAAAAGGCGGGAGGAAAAGAGUUCUUGGAAGCUGUGAAAGAACUCCGCAAAUCUCAUGGACCCUUGGAGUUGACUGGAGCUGCUCUUAGUCAAGCAAAUGGAUUAGCAGCCAAAUUUGUUAUCCACUGCCACAUUCCUCAGUGGGGAUCAGACAAAUGUGAAGAGCAGUUGGAAAAGACCAUCAAAAACUGUUUAUCUGUCGCCGAGGAUAAGAAACUCAAGUCCGUGGCAUUUCCAUCUUUCCCUAGUGGCAGAAAUGGUUUUCCAAAGCAGACAGCGGCUCAAGUCAUUUUGCGAGCCAUCUCCAGCCACUUUGGCUCCUCCAGCUCAUCCACUGUGAAGAAUAUUUACUUCCUGUUGUUUGACAGUGAAAGUAUUGGUAUCUACGUACAGGAAAUGGCCAAGCUUGAUACAAAGUAG